AUGAUAAGCUGCAGAUACAAGAUGAAGUUACUCUUAUAUUUAGCCAAUUUGCUCUUCAUAUACACGUCACAUCUCAGUUCAGGGGAGUCUAUCGUCUUGCCUGGCAUCAACCGCGACGUUUACGCCAGGCCCGGCGAUAUCAACAUUGGUUCUAUCAUGAUGCUGACCUCGGGAACCAGUGAGUUUGGCUGCUCCAAGACACCGUAUCCAAACUCCUGGAAUAUUGAGUACCCGGAAGCAGUUGCCUUUGUUGUGGACAAGAUUAAUAAAGAUGACAAGAUUCUUCCAAAUAUAACAUUAGGCUUUUUCCUAGUGGACGACUGCAGCGAUAGAAAGUACGCGUUGGCUCAAGCAAUGACCUUUUUACCUCGUGCUUCUGCGUCGUGUUCGAACGAAACGUGCAACAGGACAGAUGUUUCCUACUCUUUGUCGCCCAUGUUUCAUUCUGAGCCAAUUCGCCAGUAUGAAGUUAUGGGGCUUUUAGCUCCGUUUUUAAGUAUAUCGGCUGCUCCCAUUUCGUAUCUAAUGUCUAUAGCUAAGGUACCAAUUGUUGGCUACACCACGACCUCAGAUGAGCUGAGUGACCGUGAACUUCAUCCUUAUUACCUUAGAGUAGUGACCGCUGACAAAUAUCAAGCCAUUGCCAUGCUGAAGUUUAUAUCCUCGUUCGGGUGGACGUACAUUUCUGUUGUUUACUCUGCGGGAACCUACGGCGAGAGAGCUUUUGACACACUUAAAACAUACGCCCCUAAGUACAAUAUUUGCAUAGCUACUGCAAACAGAGUGGCUAACGAGGAUGACACAGAUCCAGUUGUGACAGACCUGCUACAGUAUCCGCGGGCCAGAGUUGUCAUUCUGUUUGCAGAUGAAAAGCCAGUGAGAAGUUUGUUUGGGUCAGUGUCUAGGAAGAAUGCCACAGGCAAGUUCAUCUGGGUUUGCUGUGAUUCCGUGACCACAGCCAGUGUUGAACGACUGCGAGAACACAGCAGCGACGUGGUCGGAGCGUUUCUCUUCAUGUACAACACGGUGAUAGUUCCAGAAUUCUACGAUUAUAUCCGAGGCCAGAACGUCUCCGCGUCGACCAACCCGUGGUUCAAACCAGCCUGGGAGAGCACAGCCAGCUGCUCGUUUGCUGCUAACACUUGCAAUCCUUCUGACGACAUCACCAAAAAAGUUAACUUUGGAAAAAUGUUGGGUCCAUCUUUGGCAAUGGAUGCCGUACUAACGUUUGCACAUGGUGCCCAUAAUUUGAUAUCUGACCGAUGUCCUAAAGCAAUAGGUACAUAUGCACGUAAUUGUGUGAAGCGGGAUUUGUUGCUGCAGUAUCUUACAAAUGUUUCUUUUCCAGGAUACACUGGAAUGAUCAAAUUCGAUUCAAGCAGUGGCUUCAAGGGGGUUUAUAUGAUAAAUCAAAUGAAGUAUAGCUGUAGAGGGAAUGGUAAAGGUGACAAUACCAGCAACACAUGUGAUCAAGACUUAGUUCAAAAAACAGUUGCUUACUAUAAUUCGUCAAAUGACUUUCUGAAGCUAACAAACGUCAGCAUAUCUUGGGACCACCUGCGGCAGGAAGAAUCAAUUGUUCCCAUUUGGCAAAGAUCGUUUAGUGCUGACGUGCCAGAAUCCGUGUGCAGUAGACCAUGUCGUAAUGAUGAGUAUAAAAUACAGAAGGAAUUAACAUGCUGCUGGGAUUGCCGAAAAUGUCGAGAGAAUGAAAGGCUUAAUCACGCUGCAGGUGAGUGCCAAGUAUGUGAGCUGUUCACUUGGCCAGACCCAGGUACAGGUUUCACGACAUGUGUACUGAUCCCACUUACCCACCCUCUGCCGUCGGAAACCUUACCAGUCAUACUGAUCAUGUUGUCAGUCAUCGCCAUGGGCGGCACAUCCUUUGUAAUAUGCUCCUACAUCUACUACAGCCAGACUCGAAUCAUCAAAGCGGCAAGCAGGGAGCUGAGCUUCCUACAGCUGGGCGGUGUCUUCGUUGGCUACGUGACUGUGAUCUGCUUCCAGACAACCCCUUCACCCAGCAUGUGCAGCGCCUUGUACUUCAUGUUCUGCCUGAGUUUCGCCUGGCUCUACUCGCCCUUGCUGGUCAAGACGAUCCGAAUUUACCGAAUUUUUCAAAGCGGGUCCAAAAACAACAAGAGGCCAAGGUUCAUCAGUCCUAGGUCACAGGUGCUCUUCUCAUUCUUGAUUAUAAUCUCUCAG